CAUUCUCUGCCCUAGCUCCAUCAUUCAACGACGCCAUCCACGCUCCUCUGGAAAACAGUGACAAUGAAAACAACAGGUAAUUGCAACAGAGUGACACUAGCCUAUCUGACAGCACUAAUUCCAUUAGUAGCAAUGGAAACCACAGCACGCAAUUCAAGGACUGGCUCAUUUGCACGUUGUUCGUCAUGUUUUAAGGAUGAAAGUCCAUGUGACAUCAAUAGUACAACGCUCUACGACAACCACACUAUCGUGCAAUGUAGCAAAGCUGAUGAAGUCUGUUUUACUCAAUCUUUCCUCACACCGACUUCCAAUCCAAAUAUAUUUGCUAUCGUGCGUGGAUGCGACACUGUGCCACCAACCGGAUCGCUCUGCAGCCUUGAAACAGUCCUCGGUCACCAAUUCAUCUCAUGCCACUGCUACUGUCGACAGCCAAUUUGCAGUGUCCUUACAAAAUCUUCGGACGCCGAGAUUCAAGGUUGUUUGGAACUCACGGUGCUGACAUCCCAAGUGCCAACAUUGAAUUUGACACCGACAGUAAAAUCAAUGCAACCAUCUGGUGCCAAGACCUCCUGGAACACCACGUUUAAUAAUAUAGCCAUAAAGCUUGGACUCACUCUACUUCUGCAAGCAUACCUCCUGAUUUGAUUGCGCGUGACUUAAUCUCUUAAGAGAAUUUCUUGUGUACUGUACUAAAUAUCAGCUUACUAGACUUUAAUUAAAUAUCCGAAGUAUGACAUUGUGUUAAUAAAAUCGAAGUUUACAGUGGUCGAUCUAUAUUUGA